AUAGCAGACAGUCCAUUGCAUAUUUCUCUCGCACGAUGGCAGAGUUCUCGGCGCGGCACGAAGCCACGGCCCUUGCGCGCCUCGCGACGCCGAUCCUCUUUUCGAACCUCGCGAUGUUUGGCAUGUCGAUGGCCGUCUUGAUGGCGGCGGGGCACCUCGGGUCGGCGCAGCUCACGGCGGUCGCGUACGCCCAAAUGCUCUUUGAUAUUACGAUUCUCGUUUUCGCGUCCGGCUUCAUUUCGGGGCAGGCGGCGCUGUCGGCCCAAGCCUUUGGUGCCGGCAACCUCGCGCUCGUCGGCCGCUACUGCCAAAUGAACUGCGUCUGCAUCACGCUGGCCUGCAUUCCGAUCGGCAUUCUCUGGUGGUUUACCGGCGACUUUUUACGCGCCGGUGGCAUCUCGGACGACACCGUGCGCUAUGCGCAAGAGUACUCGCACUAUUCAACGCCGUGGCUCCUCCCGCGCCUUCUCUUCCAAGUCCUUAGCGUCUACUUCAAGUCGAUGCAAAACGUGCUUCCGGCAGCGAUCUUUGCCGUGGCCUUUACCGUGCUGCACGCUGGUCUUGUUGUCGUCUUGGUCUUUGGGCUUCCGUCGACAAGCUUUGCCGGCUACGGUCUUCUUGGCGCACCGCUUGCGCUGACGCUGACGCACUACGGCCGCACGAUCGCGUAUGUUGCCUACAUGUUUGGGUACAAGAAGCACCAUGCCUCGUCGUGGAACUGGGCGAUGCGCGGUCUGAGCCCGCGGCUCUACUUGAUGCCAAUGCUGCGCAAUCUCCAGCUCCAAACCAUGGCGGUGUUUGCGGCCAUGACGAGCGAGGUCGACCUUGGCGCCAACAACUCGAUGCUCAACCUCAUCUUCUUCCUCACGUCGCCUAUCUUUGGUAUGAUGGACGGCGGCGCGACGCGGAUCGCCAUGCAUUUGGGUGCCGGGCAUGCGCACGCCGCGCGAGCCACGAGCCACUUGGUCUUUUACGGUAUUUUCGGCAUCUGCAUCCUCAUCGUGGUGCCGUGGCUCUGUGCGCGGUCCUCGAUCGGCCGCAUCUUUUCGUCCGACGAGACUGUCGUCCAGAGCAUGACAACCAUUAGCACCUUGGCCGCCGCGGGUUAUAUCAUCAUGUCGCUCUUCUACUACGCCAUGGCGACGCUGCAAGCACAGGCCCGAACACUCCCCAUCAUGGUCUCGUUCCUUGUCGGCGCUUGGAUCGUCGGCGUGCCGCUGGCGUACGUUUUGGAUUUUCCCGUCGACCUCGGUCUCCUCGGCAUCUGGAUCGGCAUGUCCGUUGGCUACAUCGUCACGACGGUGCUCGGCGUCUACUUUACGUUCAAAUCGGAUUGGCCCGAAGAGGCCAAGAAAGCUGUCGAGCGAAGCGCCAUCAAAUGCAAUCGGCUGGAACCCGCAGCGCUAGAGGAAGGCUACGCUGGCAUCGCCGACAGUCCCGUCGAUGUGACGAGCAAAGAGCCAUGA